GUGCAACGGCGAGGAGUCAUAACGUGCCGAUACUUGAUUAAUUUGAUUUAUAUAUAAGUUCGAGUCUGUCCUCCUUACUCACUCAGGAGGUUCUCCAUCUGUAUGCGAUCUGUGACGAGCUUGUUGCGCGCCAAUCGCUUACUUUCACUUCGGAAGCCCUUGUUUCGUACCCCACCACCUCUAACUAGCCAUCCCACCAAGAAGAGCUUCACUACAACUGCCCCCCACUACAAAUUCCAGAUCUCCCUUCCCAAGCGGAAACCAGAAGUCAACAUGGGGUCCGAUAUGACAGCCAAGAAUGGCAAGCCAUUCGAUCGCGCUGCUCUUGAGCAACUCAUGAAGCGCCGAUUCUUCUACACUCCCGCAUUCGAUAUCUACGGUGGUGUCUCUGGUCUCUACGAUUAUGGCCCGCCCGGCUCUGCACUCACUACCAACAUCGUCGACAUAUGGCGAAAGCACUUUGUGCUCGAGGAGGACAUGCUCGAGGUGGAUUGCACAAUGUUGACACCUCACGAGGUGCUCAAGACUUCCGGUCACGUUGAUAAAUUUGCGGAUUGGAUGUGCAAGGACCCCAAGACUGGCGAGAUCUUCCGUGCGGACCAUCUUGUUGAGGAAGUGUUGGAGUCUCGCCUCAAGGGAGACAAGGAAGCUCGUGGCGUGAAGGUAGAAGAGAAGGAAGAGGACCCGAAGAAGAAAAAGAAGAAGGUCAAGAGCAUUCCAGUCGUGAAACUUGAGGAUGCCGUCGUCAAGGAGUACGAGGAAACCCUUGCGAAGAUUGACAACUACAAUGGCGAGGAGCUCGGUCUGCUCAUGAAGCAAUACAACAUCAAGAACCCUGCAACUGGUGGUGAACUUCUCCCACCUGUCGCAUUCAACCUCAUGUUCCAGACUUCCAUUGGUCCUUCCUCCAACCUUCCUGGUUACCUACGCCCAGAGACUGCUCAGGGUCAGUUCCUGAACUUCCAGAAAUUGCUUGAGUUCAACAACCAAGCCAUGCCAUUCGCCUCUGCCUCGAUUGGCAAGUCAUUCCGAAACGAAAUCUCCCCCCGUUCCGGUCUCCUCCGUGUCCGAGAAUUCUUGAUGGCCGAGAUUGAGCACUUCGUUGAUCCCUCUGGCGGCAAGAAGCACCCUCGCUUCAACGAGGUCAAGGACGUAGAAUUGGAGCUACUCAACCGAGAAGUCCAGCUCUCCGGAAAGACCCAUGUUUCCACCACCAAGAUCGGUGAUGCCGUCGCAUCUGGCCUCGUCGACAACGAGACCCUCGGAUACUUCCUCGCCCGUAUUCAGCUCUUCCUCCUUCGCAUCGGCUGCGACCCCAAGAAAAUCCGAUUCAGGCAACACAUGGCCAACGAAAUGGCCCAUUACGCCGCUGACUGCUGGGAUGCCGAGCUUUUGACCUCGUAUGGCUGGAUAGAGUGCGUUGGCUGCGCUGACAGGAGUGCUUAUGAUCUGUCUGUGCACAUGAACAAGACUGGUGCCCCUCUCCAAGUGUCCGAGAGGAGAGAGAAACCUCUCGAGUUUGAGGAGUGGGUCGUCGACAUUGAGAAGAAGAAGUUCGGACCUAAGUUCAAGAAGGACGCCAAGACGGUGGAGACUGCCCUUGAGUCUCUCGCGGAGGAUUUGCGCGAGAAGCUCUCUCUUGAUCUCUCCAAGGAUGGCAAGAUUGUCAUCGACGUGCCAAAUGUUGGCGACGGCAAGGUGGAGCUGACCAAAGACUUGGUUACCAUCGAGAAGCGAAAGCGUGUGGAGCAUACCAGGGAAUUCACUCCUAAUGUCAUUGAGCCAUCUUUUGGUAUUGGCAGAAUAUUCUACGCACUCUGCGAGCAUACCUACUGGUCACGCGAGGGUGACGAGGCCCGUGGCGUCCUCUCUUUCCCCCCGACCGUUGCCCCGACCAAGGUCCUUAUCGGUCCUCUAUUCGGCCAGAAGACCGAGUUCAAAUCAUACUCCCAGGCUCUGAAAGCAAAACUCCGGAAGCUCGGAAUCUCAAGCCGCAUCGACGAGUCCGGUGUGUCAAUCGGAAAGCGAUAUGCCCGAAACGACGAAUUGGGUACACCAUUGGGCAUCACCAUUGAUUUCCAAACCCUCGAAGACAACACAUAUACACUCCGUGACCGAGACACCACGAAGCAGGUCCGCGGCGACAUCGACCAAAUCUGCGAAGCCAUCUCCCAGCUCGUGGAAGGCACUGCUUCUUGGGAAGAUAUCGCAGCUAGACUUCCUGCGUUCGAAUCUGCUGAUGCCGAGUAAAAGAAAACGUUCGUUGAAUGUCGGGUUAGCGAUUCUCAUUCGACAUUGACAUGUUGUGGUUGUGAACGAUGAGGCAUCGCAAAGAGGUUGGAUUCAUUAGCAGAGUGUAUUACUGUGUGCGAUUAUAAGGGUACCAUUUGAUGUAGACUGCUGUGGGUAUAACGCCCCUACGACAUACGUAGACGGCGAAAAGCUUCAGAGUCAGGAAUCUGGAAUAAGUUAGAUGAAUGAAUAAAACAAAUUAUGGCCA